AUGUCAAGCAUCGCCAUACCGCUCGCCUCGCAGUUGCCGUUGAUCGCCCGCCCGGGCACGCCCUAUUCGUUCACUUUCGCCCAAGGCUCGUUCGGCGGAGACGCAAACGGUAUCUCAUAUGUCGCUGCAAACCUCCCAGGAUGGGCAACGUUCGACGGGUCCACGCUCACAAUAUCCGGAACACCUUCGUCCUCCGAUGUAGCAGCAACAAGCGUGAGGUUGAGUGCCACAUCUAACGGACAGACUUCGGAGGAUAGCUUCACCUUACUCGUCAGCGAUGCACCAGCCCCGAGCGUCGGUACAGCACUGAGCGCUCAGUUCUCCGUCUCGAGCAUUCAGAAUUCGCGCUCAAUUUCCUCCGCAUAUGCGCUCUCGUCCUCCUUCCCUUUGCCAGGCGUUCGCGUUCCGCCCUCCUGGUCUUUUUCCAUCGGCUUGGAGCCAACCUCCUUCACGUCUCCUACUGGAUCAUCCCUGUUCUACUCCGCGCUCCAGACUUCUGGUGCCCCAUUGCCCAACUGGCUCCAGUUUUAUAACACAUCAUUCGUGUUUGACGGACUGACGCCGGGGACGGAUGGGCUCACUUACCCUUACGAGUUGGACGUAGACCUCAUCGCGAGUGAUGUCUGGGGCUUCAGCGCCAUCAGGGAGACAUUCAGGAUCGUGCUAUCAUCUUGGGACCUGGAGAUGCCGCAAUACGGAGGUGUGAACCUUACCAUGGGUGAGAAAGCAAGCGUGCCUCUGCAGCAGGCGCUUGGGCAAGUCAUGCUACUGAAUGGCGUGCCCAUCGGAGAAGGCAACAUCUCCUCCAUCGCGCUGCUCGACCAGGCUGCUGGUGGCGCUGUUCCAUCAUGGAUGUCUAUCUCCGGUUCAUCGGGAACCAUCUCAGGCACUCCCCCCACCGGUUCCUCCCCCUCGACAAUUCAGAUCCCACUCAACAUCACUUCAACACUCCCUACAUCGUCUCUCCUCACAAACCUCACGAUUUCUCUUUUCCCCUCCUAUUUCUCCGACGCUGCUUCCCUUCCCGCCAUCGUGGGUACCGAAGACAGUCCUCUAUCCUAUCCGCUCGGCGCUUGGCUCUCUAAUGCCUCCGUCCCUGAUGUGCAGUUGAGCGCGGCAUUCAGCCCUGCAUCUAUGUCUAACUGGCUCUCGCUCUCCGCCUCGGGCAUCCCGACUCUCUCCGGCACCCCUCCACGCAACCUGGACUAUGCUGAGGGGAACAUCACACUUACCGCGCUGUCUCCGUUCUCGAACACGACCUCGCACACGACGGUCUCCCUCCUCAUCGCUCCAGCUUCGACGAACGGUGGUCUCUCUACAGGGUCCGACAUGUCUGGCGGGAUCUCCACAGGUGCAAGGAUAGCUCUCAUCGUGCUCGGUGUCAUCGCCAGCGUGCUCCUCCUUUUCCUCUGCUUCUUUUGCUUCCUCCGCCGCACCCAACAAGGGCAACGCGUACGCAAGUCCCUCAUCGGCAAGGCCUAUGUUAUCGAUACCUCUAGUCAUGGGUCCCCCAACACGGAGGAGGACGAAGAGAAAUCAGUCGGGUUCCUCAGUCCCAAGGUAGGGGUGGACGAGGUAGGCACCCUCUCGGAUGAGCUCCCCACCCAGCCGUACGUUCCCCACCCCAAGCAACUGCCUCCACCCAGCCCGAUGCCAAGGUCUGGCUCUAACCGCUCCAUAUCCCCGCCUCCGUCCGCGAUCACCGCUGAAGGACCGCAGAGCAACCGCAAGGAAGCCGGGGCGUGGUGGGCUCGCUUAGGGUCAGGCACCUUUUCCUCUCGUACCUCGUCCAUCAAGAAAUGGCAAAUCUCCAAGCCAAUCGCACGCAUCUCAAGGCACAUAUCUGGCAGUGUAACACCUCAUCCCGGUAUGGGUGUACCUGCGGGUAGGGGGAUCCUUAUUCGUGUACCGGACGCACCCCCUCGCGCCCUCAUCGCGGGCGAAGAACAGCAGAGUGUGCGCUUCGUACCCCAGCAGCGGCCAGAUGGCUUGCCCGGUGACGAUAGUUGGACACCUCCGCCAUCGCUGGCCGUUCCUGGCUCAGGAAGUAUCGCCUAUGGCUAUGAAGGGUAUGGGUAUCCCAGUCCCCCAUCUCAACAGCCGACCAUGGUAGAUGGGACUGCGCGCCCGGUUGCAACAAACAACCCCUUCAUGCACGCACGCGAUAGCAACCCCUUCCGACGCGAAUCCUUUUCUGGGUUCGCUCCGACGGUCGCUACUACCGUCUCUGGGUCUGGGUCGGGUAGUGCAGCCUCGGGCGGGUUUUCAUCUGAGGGGUUCAGCAGCGAGAGCUACGCGGGGAUAGGGCAGAGCGGGAGCGUGGAGAGCGAACAGCCUGUUAGAAGGAAGGACUUCGCACCUCCCACUAAUGAGAGGGCUAUAGGACGGGUAGAGGAGGGCGAGGAAGAGGAAGACACCGAGAUAGAAGGUGAAGAGGAGGCUGUCAUCAGCAAAGCGGCGAUCGUCAGUGGGGGAACACCCAAGCGACCCAGGCUGGUCGACUUCACGAGUGAAAGGAGGAGCGACGAAGUGCACAACCUGAACCGGCUUGAUUCACUCAAGGCUGUUGCGCUACUUUCACCCGACCUUGGCCACGAAGGGUUCCACUAUGUCAACUCUGCGUCCAUCCCUGCUGGCCCAGCUGGGUCGACACCUAUGGUAGGAUCGGCAAUCAUCUUUGAUGGUAGUGCCAGCAAUCGCCCAUAGCCUGGUCGUGCCGUGUCUGUUUGACUCUCCUUCGCGGCUCUGAGAAUCGAGCAGACAUUCUGACUUGCCCAUUUUCGUUUAUCACUUUCUUCUGUUCUGCUGGCACCAGGCUAGUCUCACAUAUCAUAUUCCCAUCCACCGAUGUAACGCCCACCACAAAACUCCACACUAUUAAUGUAUUUAUAGUUCUUCCUCCGUCUUAGUUGUACACCUGACUCAUCUUCUAACCUGUCCCUGCCCGCUACCACCAUGCUGUACUGACUGACCCUUGGUACAGGCAAACU